AUGACGAUGGCGCAUGUUGGUGACAAGCCUAAGGGCAUCCUCAAAAACUCCAGCGUCACCCCCCGAGCCCAACCCCCCACAACCACCACCACCGAAAUCACCAUCUCACCCCCCGCCCCCGCCGCCGACGACGACACCAAAGAACUCACCCUCCAAAACACCCUCCAAAACGCCGGCCGCCGCCGCUCCUCCUCAACAACCCACCGCGUCUCCUCGCGCCGCCCCUCCCUCGCCAACUUCCACGGCGAACAUGAUGAGAAUACCGACAACCCACGCCUCCGCUGGGACGAAGCGAACCUGUAUCUGGCGGAGCAGGAGAAGACCGCGAAGAUGAAGAUCGACGAGCCCAAGACGCCGUUUGCGCCGCGGUAUGAUCCUGCGGAGGACGAGGAGGAGAUGCAGAUGGUGGAGGCGGAAGAGAGUUUGAUUGAUGCGCAGGAUGUUAGGGUUGAUGAGUUGGAGAGAGGGAAGAAGGUUGUGCAGAGGCGGCCUGUGGCGGAGGAGGAGAUUCCAGAGUUGGAGUUGGGGGAGGCGGAGGAGCCGCAGGGGACUGGUGGGGAGGAGGAGAGGAUUGUGAGGGAGAGGAGGGCUAGUCACGAUGGGGAGAAGCAUGUUGUUGUAGGCGGGGAAGGGGUUGAUGGGGAGAAGGGUGCGGGGGAAGAUGAGGAUCGGUUGCUGUCGCCUGAGGAGGCGGUUGAGAAGCAUCGGAAGUUCGAGGAAAGGAGGAAGAAGCAUUAUGAGAUGCGGAAUGUUAAGGAGAUUCUUGCACACCCUGAAGAAUUGGAUGAGAUGGACGAAGACGAGGAGGAGGACGAGCAGCCAAUUCCGCCGCCAGUUCCUAAGAUCCCGGAGAGGUUUCAGAAGUAG